AAGUGAUGCUUUUACAUUAUUUGGGCAUAACGAGUAAUCCAAGUGAAGAAUUUGGAUCCUCCGAGUCCGAGACAAACCCGCCUUGUCGUCUAGAGUGAACAAAGCAGGUGGGCUCGCCAAGCCGCCUGGCGGAUUUUCAUUUACAGCAAUGGAGGAGACCUUCGACGGCGGCAGUUAUGGCAGAAUCAGACGAGCGGUUGUAAUCGGUAACGGAUUCUCAGGCGCCGAGAAUCAGUGUAUCGGCUUGGUUCGCGCGCUUGGACUCUCACGUCGGCAUAUCUUAUUUCGUGUUACGAGGCCAAGAGGUGGAAUCAAUGAGUGGCUUCAUUGGCUUCCGGUUUCUCUCCACAAGAAAGUUGGCUAUUUUAUAAAACGAAUUUGUGGUGAUUCAAGAUUUCGAUUUAUAGCUCCCAAAAGUGACUUGUCAGUAGUUUUGGAAGCUGAUGCAAAGCAGAUUGCUGGAAUGGCCCAUCAAACAUUUGAAAAAGAUGGCCCAUUGUUGGUGGUUGCAUCAGGCCGGGAUACCAUUUCUGUUGCAAGCUCUAUAAAACAGUUGGCUCCAGAAAAUGUUUUUGUUAUUCAGAUACAACAUCCAAGGUCACAGCUGAGCAGGUUUGAUUUGGUGAUUACUCCUCGUCAUGAUUAUUAUCCAUUGACUCCUCAUGCCCAGGAACAAAUUCCUUGGUUUUUAAGGAGGUGGAUAACUCCAUGUGAACCCCCUGGUAGACAUGUGGUUCUCACAGUUGGGGCUCUUCAUCAGGCUGACUCUGCAGCUCUGAGGCGUGCUGCUUCUGUCUGGCAUGAUGAGUUGGCAUUGCUUCCAAAGCCCUUGCUGGUGGUCAAUGUUGGAGGUCCUACAAGCAACUGUCUGUAUGGUGCUGAUCUUGCAAAGCAGUUGACUUCGAUGCUGCAGGAUGUCCUCUGGAGUUGUGGAAGUGUCAGAAUAUCCUUCUCCAGAAGAACACCAGAGAAGGUUGCUAAGAUUAUAAUCAAAGAAUUUCAUAAUAACCCAAAGGUUAAUGUUUGGAACAGUGAAGAUCCAAAUCCUCAUAUGGGCCAUCUAGCUUUGGCAGAUGCUUUUGUCAUCACAGCUGAUUCUGUAAGUAUGUUGAGUGAGGCUUGUAGUACCGGGAAGCCUGUUUAUGUUGUUGGAGCUGAGCAGUGUACAUGGAAGUUUGCUGACUUCCAGAAGUCUCUUCUGGAGAGAGGAUAUGUUCGACCAUUCACUGGUAAAGAGGAUAUAUCUAAGAACUGGAGCUAUUCUCCACUGAAUGACCUCGCAGAGGCUGCUAAUCAGGUUAAUACAGCACUUGCUGAGCGGGGAUGGAGAAUACAUCCGUGAUUGGCAUUCUUUUUAUUGGUUAGUGAGCUUAGUAGAGUCUAAAAAUUACUUAUAUUGGUCUGGAAAUCGCGAAAGAAAAAUAGAAGUGUUUCUUUUAUUCAUUCAAAAGAAGGGGUGAAUGGGUAUUUGCUUGAAACAGUUGCCCAUAAACCGUUGUCUUUGUUCGUGCACAAAGCCUUUGGGUGGCUUUCGACUUAUAAUAGUGCUUUGGGCUUAUUUCACAUUUGGGCAGUGUUCCAUCCAGCUUUUACCGAAAGAUGAAUUCAGUUAACUUUCAAAUAGGCUUUCCUAGUUACUUGCACCUUCGAUUAUGACUCAUUUGUUGUUCAACACAGGUGAGAUUUUGUAUUGUUUUGAGAGAUAUGAAUGAAAAGUGACUGGAGUAACCAGUCAAGUAUGAUGGGAAGACAAAUAAUUUUGUACUAC